AUGAAUAAAGACUGAUACUUUGUUGGCACAUGUUUUGUUUUGUUUUUUCUCAGUUUCCUGGUGAGACGUAACAAGUACUUGGUAUAUUCAGAAAGAGAUCCAAGAAACAGGGCAAACAAUAAAAUUCUGCUGUGUCUCUUGUUCUUGGGAUCCCUCCCUUUCAUCAUUCUUUCUCAGUCUCUCUCCGCUCCAAACAUGCCUCAGGGAACGCUUGAAGUUGUCCUUGUUAGCGCCAAGGGUCUUGAGAACACAGAUUUUCUCUGUAACAUGGAUCCCUAUGUGCUCCUCACUUGCCGUACCCAGGAGCAGAAAAGUAGUGUUGCAUCAGGAAAAGGGUCUGAUCCGGAAUGGAAUGAAACUUUUGUGUUCAACAUCUCCGAAGGUGUUUCAGAACUCAGAUUGAAAAUAAUGGACAGUGAUUGUGGUUCUCAGGAUGAUUUCGUGGGAGAAGCAACCAUUCCUCUGGAGCCUGUAUUUAUGGAAGGAAGCCUCCCCCCAGCUGCAUAUAAUGUUGUCAAGGGUGAGGAAUAUCAUGGGGAGAUUAGACUCGGUCUGACUUUCACCCCAGAGGAGAGACAUACUAGGGAUUUUCAAGUUGAGGAAUCUUUUGGAGGGUGGAAGCAGUCUUCAUACAGGGACUAGGCCAGCCACUUGGGUCUUCCUAUCGUAAUCUCUGUUUCAAAGAACUCAUUCUGAAGUUUGAUUCUGAACUUUUUCCUGGUUGAAUGUUUUUCUGUUAUGCUGCUAUGAUCGAGUUCAAUUAAUUGUGACAGUACUGGACAAUUAAUUAUGAAAAGUGUGCAUUACCAAUCCGGGUUCAUAAGCCUUUUCUUUCUAUAGCUACUUUGUUAUGAGGAGAUUUAACAUUUGAUUUUUCCAUUUCA